AUGAACGUCGUCCGCGAGAUCCAGCGCAUCAACCAGCAGGAGCUCGACAUCGCCAUCAACAAUCCGAGCGCAUCCUGGCACGAACAGUACAAGGACUCGGCCUACAUAUUUGUCGGCGGCCUGCCAUACGACCUCACCGAGGGCGACGUCGUCACCAUCUUUUCCCAGUACGGCGAGGUCGUCGACGUCAACCUGCCCCGCGGCAACCCACAGCCGCCCGGCCAAGGCUCCCAGCGCAACGAUGGCCAGCCCGGCUCGCAGCAGCAGCAGCAGCAAGGACAACAACAACAACAACAACAACAGGGCAAGGGCAAGCACCGCGGCUUUGGCUUCCUCAUGUACGAGGACCAGCGCUCGACGGUGCUGGCCGUCGACAACCUCAACGGCGCAUCCAUCCUCGGCCGCACCAUCCGCGUCGACCACGUGGCCAAGUACAAGCACAAGGGGCACCGCGACGACGACGGCAACUAUGUCGAGCCGGAGCAGCCCAGCAUGAAUGCCGCGCCCCAGCUCGUCGAUCCGGGCAGCGGCAGCGGCCGUGGUGCUGGCGACGGCGAUGGCGACGGCGACGACGACCUCGAGGACCCAAUGGCGGCCUACUUUCGCCGCAAGCGCAGCGAGGCCAAGUCGCGAGGCGGCGACGACGGCGACGGCGACGGCGACUCGCGCGAGGAAAAGAUGCGCCGCAAAGAGGAGCGUGCGAGGAUCCGCGCAGAGAGGGCCGCGCGAAAGGCGGCCAAGGCGGGGCCGUCGUCGUCGUCGUCGUCGUCGCGGCACCACCAUCGCCGGCGCCAUGGAGACGAAGACAAGGACAGGGAGCGGAGGCGGUCGAGCGAGCGACGGCGACACAGCAGCCGCAGCCGCAGCAGGCCAGCGCGCAACGACGACGACGACGGCGGCAGCAGCGACGACGACGAUGCGGGUGGCAGGAACCGGUACGAGGAGAUGAAGGCGGCGCGGGAGCGAUCACUGCGCGAGGCACGGUCGGAUGCGCGGCGCGGGGCCGAGGUGAAUCGCGAAGCCGCCAGGCCGCGUCGCAGCCGCAGCCGCAGUCGCAGUCGCAGCCCGCGACCUGGAUCGAGGGACGAGGCGGAUCGGCGGUACCGCGAUGGCCGCGAUGGCAGGGGUGGGCGGGAUCAAGGCGAGCGGGGUGGAUCGAGGCACGCCGUGGACGACGACGACGACGCCAGGGAGCGGUCGAGGAGGCGGUAUGGCCGGGACGACGGCCGACGCGAGCGGGAGCGUGGAUAG